AGCAACACCAGGCUGGGUCAGUCGCAGCCUCAAAAGUGCUUGGAAGGUUGUGGAGUGUUAACAAACAUUCCAGAUACGGCGCAGAACCAGAACCAGUGCACGCGAACAAAGCUCCCAAGAAACAGCGGAAAGUACUCCAGAACGCGCUCGAGGAGUUUGCCGAACACCAGAACACUGCACCUUCAAAUCUCAAGAUUCCACCCACUCAUCACCAAAAUCAUUAUCAGCGCCGGCAGAAGACAACGCCGCGCCUUAGAGUCAUGGAUCGCCCGCAACCAGCCGAGUACUAUCUCGAUGCAGCCAUUCAACCACCGACGCGUCUGCAUGCGCCGCGCCCGCUCCUCGUCAUUCUUGACCUGAAUGGCACUCUUCUCUUUCGCAAGAAUCGAGGAAGAGUCUUUGUAGCGCGACCUCAUGUGACGGCGUUUCUGGACUAUUUAUUCGCCAACCACAAAGUCAUGGUGUGGUCUUCGGCCAAGCCAGAGAAUGUGGACCCGAUGUGCCGGGAACUCUUCACGCAUGAGCAGUACAGGGAUCUUGCGGCAAUUUGGGCACGCGACAAGCUUGGAAUACCAGCGGAAGCGUACAAUCAGAAAGUGCAGGUCUACAAACAGCUUUCCUGGGUCUGGAAUGACACUUUGAUCCAGGCCUCCAAUCCUGUACCCGAUAUGAUGUGGGACCACACCAACACAGUUCUCAUCGAUGAUAGCAUCGAGAAGGCUGCAAGCGAGCCGCACAAUCUGGUCGAGAUUGAGGAAUUCGAGGAUAGAGAAGAUCAGAAGACGACGAACGUGCUCGGCCAAGUGAUAUCGUAUCUGGAUGAGCUGAAGAUGUGGAAUAAUGCAUGCUCAUACAUGCGAAGCAGUCCAUUCAAG